AAAUGCACUUAGCACCGGGAUUUUUUUGAAACAUCUUUUGCGCAGAUCAACUGACCUGAAAAAAAAAUUACAUUCAAUUGAAAGAACGUAGACUCAUCAAAAUUGACUUUAAUCGAAAAUAAAUUGAAAGAAGAGGAAAAUGCCGAAUGCUGAUCAACUCCGUGUAAUGGGAAAUGAAGCUUUCUCCAAACGAGAGUUCAAAAAAGCGGCCAAAAUUUACCGUGAUGCAAUAAAGCUCGCUGCAUCUCCUGUGCUAUAUUCCAAUCGUGCCCAAUGUUUUAUAAAUCUUGGGGAUUGGGACAGAGCUCUCAAAGAUACCGAAGAUGGCCUCAGACUUAAUGCAGAAAAUAGGGUCAGAGUUAAAUUAUUGUUUAGAAAAGCUGUUAUCCUAAAAAGUACUAAUGAUUGUGUGAACUCAAAGCUUACAUUAGAGGAAGCAUUAGGAAUCGACCCUAAUAAUAAACAAGUCAUUGAGUUGAUGAAUAGUUUGAAAUUCAAUCCUAAAAAGAUGAAACUUGAAAACCAGAAGAGCAGCCGUGUUCCUAUACCGAUUGAGUCCGUUGACGAGAUUCCCGAGGAAUACAAAAGUCUUAUGGAACCUAAUCAUCCUUCUCUUAUAUCAAAACCGAAUCCCCAAAUAUCAGAAGAAGCCACUUCUCAGAUAAAUGAAUUAUUCCCAGCUUCGAAGAAGAAACAGCCUGAACUAGCUUCACGCUUAACCAAACCUUUUACAGAAAGAUCUGGGACACAUCAUUUAAGAGCAUUAGCUUCAUUGCCACCACAUAAGAAGGCUAAUGGUUAUAAAUACGUACUAGAGUUACCUCCGGAUACAUUUAAUGAUUUGUUUGCUGAAUCAGGAGUGGAUGCCGAGUUUUUGGACUUUUUCUUUGAAGCUACUUUAUUUGCAUCUAAAAGCAACAUAUUAAAUGAUUGGCAUUCUUCUGUUUUGAAUAGUUUGAAGUCUAUGUCUUCUUGUCGAAGAUUCGAUAUUUCAUUGCAAUUCGUAUCCCAAGAGAAUGUUGAUGCUAUUCUUCGUGAGAUCAAAGGUUUGGGAAAUGAAGAGAUGUAUAAACAGUAUUAUAAGAUAUUACAUGCUUUGUCGUGA